UACACAGAUUUAGGUCUGCCGUUGAUCGUCCGUCAUUCUACGGCGAGCUUUUCAAUGACGAUGAAGAUGACGUAAGCUGCUUUUGAUUAGGUGAUAUUAUCGUCAUCAAUCGAAAUGCAUAUGAGAUUUGUCGAUGGAAAGCAACAGCAGCAGCAGCAGCAGGUUGCCUGACCUUUCCGAUCAAAACAACAACAAAACGACGCCGUCUUCCUUUAACUCUGUCCUCCUCCGUGAUGUUCAAGCCGCCGUCAAACGACAUCGUGUGAUACCACAGUUAAACAAUGUCCACGUAAGACGGUCAGUGGUUCCUCAAAGGGAAACAUCGAAGAGCUCUGGCCUGAUGAUAGAUUCCAAAGCAGAUGAAGCUCCUAAACAACUAUGCGAUUGUAGAAAUAACAAUAUGGUUGAUUGGCCCUGCUUAAAAUGUAAACAUGUUCUAGAUGGCCCCAAAAAGGUUCGGUUUGCCUCGGGAAAGAGUGCACAAUCUCAUGAAAUAGAAUACGGCGUAAAUAAUCAACUGGAUGUCUCAACUGCUCCCUGCCAUGAUGUGAUUAACCAGAGUUUCUAUAACAUGGAAGUUGAUCUUGGCUCAAGGUCUAAUGAUGAAACAUCCUCUUUGGUGGUAAAAGGAACAACAGUAGUUCAGACUCAAGUUGACCCUAUAAAAAACUUUCUGCAGCGUGACUUUGGCCACCAAAUGACUUCAUCUUCUGUUGUUGGCUCAAAUUGUACUGCAACAACAUUAUUGAAUUCGAUAAAUGCUCCCAUGCUUAGUUCAACAACCCGGAACUCCCAGCCUUCUCAUCAUGGUAGCUCACAUGUUGGCAGUUCAUCUGAUUUGGACUAUCAACAGAUGAGGCCAAUUGAUAAUAUCAAAAUAUCAGCUGAUCAGAAUCUUUCUGCUGCAGUGGACCCUAAUCCCAAUAACAAAUGUGUGCUCCCGACGAAUCCACAGGGCAAAGAAACAGGGUCAAGUGGUAUGCCUAAUGAUUCUCUUCUGCUUGUUGACAAGUCAACCAAAAGAGAAAGUGAUUUUAUGGAUUUACAGUUCCAAGCUCCCAUAUCAAAUGAUCAAAUGUACGACGUGAAGCAGGUACCCGUGGAGUCUGCAAAAAAUGAAAAGCCUGCUUCCAAGAAAGAUGUGUCAGCACCUCGUAAGAGAAAUAAUGACCAUGAUUCGUAUUUCAAGGUUAACGGAAAGCACUACCAGAGGCUUGGAAAGAUUGGCUCUGGAGGAAGCAGUGAAGUCCACAAAGUCAUUUCUCAAGAUUGCACAAUCUAUGCAUUAAAACGGAUAAAGCUUAAAGGUCGUGAUUAUGCAACCGCAUAUGGUUUUUGUCAGGAAGUUGUAUAUUUAAACAAACUCAAGAAAAAGGACCACAUUAUCCAACUCAUUGAUUAUGAGGUGACAGAUAAGGCGUUGCUCAAGGAAGUCAUGAGUGGUUCUAUGAGUAACAAGGAUGGCAGAGUGAAGGAUGAUGGUUUGAUAUACAUGGUUCUAGAGUACGGUGAAAUUGAUUUAGCUCACAUGCUGUCCCAGAAAUGGAAGGAACUGGACAAUUCCAGCUCAACAAUAGAUGAGAAUUGGCUUCGUUUUUACUGGCAGCAAAUACUUUUAGCUGUUAAAACAAUACACGAGGAACGUAUUGUGCACUCAGACUUGAAGCCAGCUAAUUUUCUUCUUGUUAGAGGUUCACUGAAGCUAAUUGAUUUUGGUAUAGCAAAAGCUAUCUUAAGCGACACCACAAAUAUUCAACGAGAUUCUCAGGUGGGUACACUGAGUUACAUGUCCCCCGAGGCAUUCUUGUGCAACGAAACAGAUGCUAAUGGAAAUAUAAUAAAAUGUGGCCGUCCAUCAGAUAUUUGGUCACUUGGUUGUAUUCUUUACCAAAUGGUAUAUGGAAGAACACCCUUUGCUGACUACGCUACCUUCUGGGCUAAGUUGAAAGUUAUCACAGACCCGAAUCAUGAGAUACAUUAUGAACCACUAUCAAAUAUUUGGCUUCUUGAUCUGAUGAAGAAAUGCCUAGCAUGGGAGCGCAAUGAAAGAUGGACCAUUCCACAACUUCUUCAACAUCCCUUUCUUGUCCCCCCAAGUCCGACUGCAGUGUCUAACCGUAAUAUACUUCAGUUAGUUGCUGAUUCUUGCAUUGAAGAUCCAAACCUACUUGAUGAAAUUUCAAAACUUUGUCUUCAACUUAAGGAGCAGCGAUCUAACUCAGAAUGUGAUUGAUGUAGAUAGAGGCCAGGCUCAUUUGUGUCUAGAUUCUGCUGGGUGAAUUAUGUUUCUACAUUAGGUGGAUAGACAAUGAUAUGACAGUUGAUUAGGUAGAUUUACUGUUUAUAUUGUAUUAUGAAACAGUUGAUGGGAAAUCGGAAAACAUGUGAUGAUCUUGCACAUUGAGCUUGCCUCAUUAAUGAAGGUUAUGUAACACUAGCAUAUCGAUGCUUGUAUGUUUUGGAAAUCGUUAGUGUAUUUAAAAGUUGGAAUUUAAGUGUGUAUUUUUAUGA